AUGAGGCACAACCAGGGAGGCGAUCACCUGGGCGCCACUGCCCCCUUGUGGCCAAGGGCAGGUGGGGCGCAAAAAGGGGCCCCAAGAUUAGAGCGCCCGGGAAGAAAGGCCUUUGUAAACUGGAGCGCUCUGGCAUCACUAAGUUCUAACAGCCCAACACGUUCUGAGCGGGGGGUCUCCAUCCCCCCCCCCGGGCCCACGGCGCCGCUCUCAAGCCCCCAGAAACAGCCGGCCCAGCUGGGGAUUCAGGACCUAGAAGCCUGCAGUUGCGGGAAGGGCCGGGCCCAAAGAGCAACGCCCCGAGCCCCCAAGUGCUCGCAGCACUCCCUCGGCCCCACAAUCCCACACUCGCAAUGCGGGCCACUCCGGGACGCCCUGGGCGCGGAGGCCAAAGGGAGGCGCCUGCACCAGGCACUUAGCGCCAGCGCCGACCAAGCUCGGACGCUCCCCGCCGUCCGGGCUCAGCCCGGCCGCCCGCACAUGCACCUCGGCGCCCGGCUCAGCAUGGAGGAGGCUGCGGGGCUGCCCCGCGGCCCGGUCUGCGGCCAGAGCGCCCUGGGCAAGCUGCUCCCGCGCCUCUGCUUCCUCUGCUCGCUGGUGACCUACGCGCUGCUGGGCGCGCUGCUCUUCUCGCUCGUCGAGGGCGGCCGGGAGCCGGAGGAACCGAACCCCGAGUUUGAACAAUUCAUAAAGAAGCUCCGUGACAUCUUGAAGUGCAACGACACAGUCGAGGAAAGCCAGAAGCACGAUCUUGGGGAACUGCUGAAGACGGUGAAGCCAAGGUGGUUCAGCGGGAAGAGUGAAUGGUCCUUCCUGGGCUCCCUGUUCUUCUGCUGUACUGUGUUCAGCACUGUGGGUUAUGGCCACCUGUAUCCCGUCACCCGGACAGGCAAGUACCUGUGCAUGUUCUACGCUCUCUUUGGCAUCCCGCUCAUGUUCCUUGUCCUCACGGACCUGGGUGACGACCUGGCUGCGGUGCUGUCCAAGGCAUACCGCCACAUCUCCCAGCUCCUCGCCUGGGCCCCCAGACUGUCCCGGAGAUGCUCGCGCCUGCUGCGCCGGCAUAGGCAGGACACCAAGCCCCAGGAGGCUACCUUGCCCCAGAUCAUCAUCCACGAACAAGAGCUCCUGGACUCGCCAAAGCCCAGCAACAACCUGGAGCUGUUUGAGAGGCUCCUGGCCCAGGACAAGCAGCAGACGCUGCGCGUUCCCCCACAGCCCUUGAAGAGAAGCUCCUCAUGUCCCCAGCUGGUGUCAGAGCAGCUGUCGCAGUCAGUCAUCAGCAACCAGCAUGAGGUGGGCCGGCGGGUGGAGAGUCUGGACGUGCCCCUGUACAUCGUCGUGCUGGUGGUCUUAGCCUAUAUAUCCUGCGCUGCUGCACUGCUGCCCAUGUGGGAGGAGGAGCUAGACUUCGAGAACGCCUUCUACUUCUGUUUCAUCACGCUCACUACUAUUGGGUUUGGGGACAUUGCCCUGCAGCACCCGCAUUUCUUCAUGUUCUUUUCCAUCUACAUCCUCAUUGGCAUGGAGAUCCUGUGUAUUGCUUUCAGGCUGGUUCAGAACCGGCUGCUACAUGCCUACAAGCACUCUAUAUUUCUCCUUUCCAAGGUCUUCCCUGCCACGAAGAAAAAAUAA